UGGAGUCGAGCGCUUGGAAGCUGACGCGUGGACCCGGCGAAUCCUUCUCACAGCCCCUGCUCGGGCGAACCUCGCCUCAGACCCGGCGCUGCAAUUCAUUAGAUACAACUAAUGAAUACAGUCAACAUGUUCUAUACACAUGUGCUUAUGAGUAAACGAGGGCCACUGGCCAAAAUAUGGCUUGCAGCUCACUGGGAGAAGAAACUUACAAAGGCCCAUGUAUUUGAAUGUAAUCUAGAGAUAACCAUUGAAAAAAUUCUUUCACCUAAGGUGAAAAUUGCACUUCGAACUUCAGGACACCUUCUUUUGGGAGUUGUUCGAAUCUAUAAUAGGAAGGCAAAGUAUCUUUUGGCAGAUUGCAGUGAAGCAUUUCUUAAAAUGAAGAUGGCUUUUCGCCCAGGACUGGUUGACCUUCCAAAAGAGAAUUUUGAAGCAGCUUAUAAUACUAUCACAUUGCCAGAAGAAUUUCAUGAUUUUGAAAACCAGCAUAUGAAUGCUAUUGAUAUUUCACAACACUUUGCUCAGAACCAAAGCAGACCAGAAGAAAUAACACUUAGAGAAGAUUAUGAAAAUGAUCUACUUUUUCCAUCUGGGAGUUUUGGGGAGGAAGCUGAAAUUCUUAGAAGACAUAGCUUCUUUGAUGACAACAUAUUACUGAAUUCCAGUGGUCCUUUACUUGAACACAGUUCUGGAAGCCUUACUGGAGAAAAAUCUCUGUUCUAUGACAGUGGAGAUGGAUUUGGUGAUGAAGGAGCUGCAGGAGAAAUGAUUGACAAUCUAUUGCAAAAUAAUAAGAAUAUCCUGUUAGAAGACAUGCAUUCGAACACAGAGAUUUCCCUGCCUCCUGAGCCUCCCGGUACUGUAGUGGUAGAACCAGAUAAUCCAGAGUGUGUAUGUCUACCUGAAAAUGAAAAAAGGGAUGAAACAACAUUCUCAUUAAACGAAGAGGAAGGAUUUACCCUUGAACCAAUUGAUGCUUCAGACAUUGCUGGGAAAAGGAAAGGCAAAAAGAGGAGAUUGCUCAUAGAUCCAGUAAAGGAGAUCAGUAGCAAAAUCAUGCAUAAACAGCUUACUUUCUUUACGGACACACUCAUGGUUUUGAAACUUGCACCUCCUACCCAAAGAUUAAUGAUGUGGAAAAAGAAGGGAGGAGCAGAUACACUUCUGUCAACUGCUUCCCAGGACUUGACUCAUGCUGAACUGAAAAUGUUGUUUACAAAAUGCUUUCUGCCCUCUGCCUUUAAACUUGGAAGAAAAUUGCUACAGAAGGAGUCAGUAAGGGAAGAAAUGGAAAGUAAAAACAUAAUAGAGACCUCCAUGAUGGAAGAGCCAAAUUUCCAGCAAGAGUCGAGUGAACCCCAGACUUGGAAGGAUGUGAUUGAUGUAUCUAAGUGUAACUCUCAUGAGGAUCCCAGUAAAAAUAUUAACUCUGAGCAGUAUAUUGUUGAAAUGGUGUCUUCAGUUGCAGAGGAAUCAACUUUAAUGAAUACCUUUUUGGCACAAGAAAUUGAAUAUUGUCCAGUUGAAUUGGAGUCAUCGGGGAAUGAACAAAAUAUUGAGGCAGAGAGAUGGGAUCGAAGAAUACUUCAGAUGUUAAAUAGUUUACGGGAAUCUAACAAGAUGGGAAUGCAGUCCUUUAGUCUGAUGAAGCUCUGUAAAAAUAAUGAUCGAAAACAAGCAGCUGCCAAAUUUUAUAGUUUUCUUGUCCUAAAAAAACAGCGGGUUAUUGAGCUGAGCCAGAGCACUCCCUAUGCAGAUAUUAUAGCUACAAUAGGACCAAUGUUCCACGAUAUGUGAAGGAAGUCCAGAAUAUGCACAUUUAUGUCAUCACUGGAAUUUCUAUAGAUUGUUCAAUGCAAUGCAGAAGCCAUCUGGAAGCAGCUGAAGUCUGAUCCAUUUCAUAGAUAGGCCGACCUCCUAUUUCCUCUCUGUAAGUUCAGAAAAAUCAUAGCCAGAAUUAGAAGCCUAUAUGCUUACAGAAAUAAUUAUAGCUAAGUAAUUUUUUAGCUUAGCUGAUUUGAAUAUAUAACAUUUGUCAUUUUCCUGACUUAAAUGUAGCCUUUAGGGUUCAUUUAGGAUAUAUUUAAAAAACACUAUAUAUAUGCCUUUGAGAAACAUUCAAGGAUGUUUUUUUAAAGGCAAUUUUACAUUGGAUUAUUUACUUGAAUUUUAUGGGAUUAAUUAAUGAGUAAUACUUUCAUAUUUCUACACAGUUUAUUUGCUUGCAAUGUAUAUCAUCCUUGAUUUGAUCUAAUGCUGUGGUUUUUAAUGUAGUAUCUUAACUGAAGAGUUAUGAAAUUUAUCUUUGUUUUAAAUUACCUGAGUGGCUCUUAGUCUAUUUAUAGGUCAUUUAAUCAUUUUAUUUAUUAUUUAAUGAUUAUUAUAACCACCAUUAAUGUGUCAGCAAAACUAAAUCUUAUGUUAAAAAAAAUUAGCCAACACUUAUUCAGCAUAUUGUCUGCAGCUACAAUUUGAGUAAAGAUCACUAAGAUAAAUGUCCUCUCACUUAAUGUUUACUGAGCAUUUUUGACAAUGAAACCAUAGUUUUUCUUUUUUCUUAGUUGGAUUUUGAGUUAGAAAAUUUUCGUAUUCUCUGUGAGCUCCAUAGUAUACUGUAAAAUAAAGCCUAUGGUACUCUUUAAAAUACUAUUGUAUCUGUAAUUAUGCUACAAACAACUAAAUUCUAAAUGUCCUCUCUGAAUGUAUUAACUAUAAGAUUUAAAUGUCAAAAUUGUGUUUUUAAAAUUUUAUUUUUUAAAUUAACAUGCAGAAAAAUUGACUUCUUAAUUUUAGUGCACAGUUCUACGAAUUUUAACAGAUGUAUAGAUUCUUGUAGCCACCUCCAUGAUCAGGAUAUAAACUGUAACAUCACCCUGAAAAACUCCCUUGUGUUAUUCCUUUGCAGUCACACCUUUCCCCGUCAUAACAUUUGGCAACCAUUCUUCUCCAUGAUUACAUUUUGUCUUUUUGAGAAUGUCAUACAAAUGGAAUCGUAUAGCAUGUAACUUUUUGGUAUAGCAUGUAACUUUUUGAGAAUGGCUUCUUUCUUGUUUCACUCUGUGUAAUAUCCUUGAGAUUCAUCCAAGUUCUUGCAUGUGUCAGUGGUUUGUUCCUUUUUAUUGCUGAGUGGUAUUCUGUUAUCUUGAUAUACCAUAUUAUUUAUACUGUUACCCCCUGAAGAAUAUUUAAGUUGUUUUCAGUUUUGACAAUUAUA